CUUACAGCUAUAAUCUAUCCAGAUGGCAUGGAACUGGAUGACAGACAAGUGGCAAAAUACUUCAGAGAUGAAGGUGAAACAAUGGUAUGGACCAGACUGGAGGUAUUGUGUGAAAAUUCUACAGUCACUAAAAAUAUUCUGAAGCAUAAUUCACAACACAAGAUGGGGGGCGACAGUAUUUCACCAGCCCUCAGUUAUGUAACACAGGCCUUAAGAUACCUAACCAAUAAAGGAAAAUUACAUGAAAAAGAUCAAAAUACUGAUGUACUCUGUGCUGGAUGCCCACUUGACAUUCAAGAUGCUUUUCUAGCAUUACUUGCCAGAGAAGGAAAAAUUGAUGAAAUGAGGCAUUAUAUGUAUGAGAACAUGUCACUGCACGCUGUUUCAAAUAUGCGAGAACGCAUCAGGAACUGGCCUGGUCGUUUGCCUGCAUCACUUGCUAGUCAGUUCUGCCCAGAAUACAGAAGUAUUUGUCUUGAGCUGUACUUGAUGGGCCUCAAGCUGGAGCUGAAUAGAAGGAUGGACAGCAAGUCUGCGGGGACAACUGACAAGCAGGAGAUGACCAUAAAUCCAAUUCUCGCAUCAGUGUUUGGUAGAUUGGCCAAGCUCUUCAAUACUCAAUGGCUUGUGAAACGUGAACUACUGCUGACAGCUUUCUCACUGCAACCUAACAAGCAUUGGUUCAAGGAGCUUCUACUUGUGGCGAGGCUGUCGGGGAAGACUUGUAGUGCUAGAGGAUGUACUGUGCCUUUUUCUGACAGCUGGUGCCGAGAUACUGCAGCCCACACUCUGUGCAGUAAAUGUGGCAGAUUUGGCACUCAUGGGAAAGUGCAUAACAGCACUGACAUGGGAUCAUUAGUGUGGUUUCCUCUUCCAGAACAUGUUAUGGAUAACAAUCUCACUGACCCUCCACGGUGUCAUAUGCUUGAUAAUAAAUCUCUUGGUAUCGAAAGAAAUCUUGCUGAGCAAUUGGUUUCUCUAGUCUCUGCAUUCAGGUACAAGGAACUCAGCUGGGUUCUUGAAUGGUCCAAGUUGUAUACACUAUGUGUCGAUUACAUGAAUACGAAGGACAUAAGAAGAGAGAAGAAUCCUGAUCUCAAAUUUCUUAAGAUGGACUACCCUUUGUACAGGUGUCUUCGAGAAGACAAAAAAAUAGUUGCAGUCAAAAGAAAGAAAAGUGAUGAACAGUGUACUGACUCAGAUAAUGAAAUGGUGAAAUAUAGGUGUGAUCAAGAAAGAAAGAAGAUGAAUAUCAGCACUUACUGUUUCUAUAAAACAAGAAUAGAUGUUAUAGAUGACAUUCUUUCCAGCAACAAUAUAACACCAUUUUCUUCAGAAGUGUGUGACAUGUUUGACGUAGAAGAUACAGCUACUGGCUUUGCAAGACUGUGCAAAAUUCGCAGAGCUAUGGUAAACCUGUAUGAAAAAAAUCCAGAAGACAUAUUCUCUUAUUUUAAAACAAAAAUAAAAUAUUUGAGAGAAAAAUAUGAAAUCGAUGUCCAGGAUUUUGUAGCAUGCUAA